AUGCAUCCGAUAGAUAGAGUAUGUUCAGAAGCCAGUUUUCCAAUGUGCGAGCAUCUGAGCAGCGAGAUAUGCAAAAGCACAAGCAGAGGAUUUCUUUUCUUCAAAACCAAGGUGUCUUCCCCGACAACUGUAAUUCUCCUUAUUAUAGCCUUGCUAUCUGCUACUAGAAUGAUUAGGCACGUAAAAGCUCUAUGCUCUUCUGUGGGACGCAAAGAAAUGCUUGUAUUUUUUUAUCUAUAUUUAGGAUCAGCAGCGUUGGAGGCAGUGCUUGUUGGCUCCAAAGAAUUUAUUUCAAAACACACACAUCUUUUUCUCACUUCCAUUCAACUAUCAUUGUACACUUCGGCAUUCUUCUCUCUUUUUGUUGGAAGCAUAACUGUAGACAUGUUUACAAGAAUUUUUGGACUUGGGGCUACAACACUACUGAAGAUCUCGACAGGCAUCUACUCUGUAGGAAUAGGGACAGUUAUAUUCACAGGUCUAAGCACGUCGAGCAAGGAACUGACAUCCGUUCCAUUUUUUGUUCUGAAUCCACUUUUUUUCUUCCUGUAUAUGAUAUUCCAGGUUAAAAGACUUAGAAAGACAGACGGAGAAGUGUGGGCAUAUGGGACUCUAAUCAUAUCAACUGCAUGCUUUCUAAUUGCAAAUACAUUCUCAUUUUUGGGAUCAAGGGUGAUAGGCCUAAUGACAGACAGAUACUUCGAUAAUCUUUUUUUCUACCACUUCUUUAUCCUCUGCACAUUCAUUAUGGUACACAAAUACUGGUUGUCUGUAUACAAUUACGAAGUCGAGUCUCUACGGCUUGAAGUUUAA